AUGAGUGGGAUUGCUGGAAAAUUGGUGGCGGUUGCCAUGAGACAAAUGGCCAAACCUAUCUCGCUAACGAUAAAAUCUCAAGUAAUGCAACAUCCAAGGUUCCGGAAAUCGUGCAUUUUCAUUGCCCAAAAGCUUCAUACCUGGGAUAUCAAGCUUCGAAUGUCGCUUCUUGGUCAAACAGAAACCAAAGUGCGACCAUUGAAUGACCGUAAGGCCAUUGAAGACGGGGCAACGUUCCUUGCCGAAUCGUUUGUCUUUGGAGUGGCUGGGAGUAUCAUAUUGUACGAAGCGUACAAGACCAGGAAAAAGCAAAAUGAACGUACCGAAAUGAUCGAGGAUGACAUCAAGGUGUUACAAGACGAAAUCGAAUACAUCAAGCGCAAAAUGAACGAUUUGGGAGUCAAGUUGGACGAUUAUAUGGCCCCUAAAGAAUUGAGACCUAAGGUUUUGAAAACAGUGACGUCAAAAGAAGAAGAAGAUACCCCGAAAUCCAUAAAAAUAAAACAGAAAAACUCAUUAAUUAAUGAAAUUGAAACCUUGGAGAAAAAGUAUAAAGACAUCAAAAAAUAG